UCGAGAGGAUAAGGUGAUAUUGAUUAUUGACUGCCUACACUUCCUUACUAUAUUCGCGCUCACUCUAUCGGCUCUAAACUCAUCGCCUUUUAUUUGUUCGUUUUAAUUAACUGUUCUCAUCUCUUCAAUGGCGAUGGGAACAGCUAGUUGCUCGUUCUCCAUGUUCAGAAUCACGGAAACCUGUCCUACCCCGUCAUAUAUUUUUAACUGCCGCUUUGCCACUUUGCGGAGAACCAUUUCUUUAGAUAUGAAUAAAGACGUGCAUUUGAAACGAAGAGCCUUGAAGAAAGACUGCUUUCCUACAGGGAAAGCCAGAGAAAAGAUGGAAGGCAUUUCUAGAAAGAGAUUUCCUGCUAGAUCAAAGAAUGAAAUGUCAUAUUUGCCUCCAAAUGACAGUGGAGGAAAUAAGAGUCGAUCUCAACCAACAGUUUUUAAAUCAAUUGGCACACAGAGAAAAGACAAGAAGGGGUCUGCAUAUGAUCUUAAAGAACAACAGGUUAAAGACACAGGAGAUCUUCAAGAUGCAGCUUUUCUUAAUGCUGUUGUGAAGGUUUAUUGCACCCAUACGGCACCUGAUUAUUCCCUUCCUUGGCAAAAACAAAGACAAUAUACAAGUACAGGAAGUGCUUUUAUGAUAGGGGAUGGAAAGCUUCUGACAAAUGCUCAUUGUGUUGAACAUGAUACACAGGUAAAAGUGAAGAGAAGGGGAGAUGACACCAAAUAUGCGGCUAAGGUUUUAGCUAGAGGUAUUGAAUGUGACAUUGCUUUGCUUACUGUUGAGAGUGAGGAAUUCUGGAGAGGAUCUGAACCACUUCGUUUUGGGCGCUUACCACUUCUUCAGGAUUCAGUAACUGUUGUAGGAUACCCACUUGGAGGAGACACCAUAUCAGUGACAAAGGGGGUGGUGUCACGCAUAGAGGUAACAUCAUAUGCUCAUGGAACAUCUGACUUGCUAGGAAUUCAAAUUGAUGCAGCAAUAAAUCCUGGAAAUAGUGGUGGCCCUGCAUUCAAUGACCAAGGGGAGUGCAUAGGGGUUGCAUUUCAGGUUUUCAGAUCUGAUGAAGCUGAGAAUAUUGGAUAUGUGAUACCCACUACUGUUGUGUCUCAUUUCUUAGAUGACUAUGAUAGGAAUGGAAAAUAUACUGGAUUUCCUUGCCUUGGAGUCUUGCUACAAAAAUUGGAGAAUCCAGCACUUCGUUCAUGCUUAAAAGUGCAAUAUAAUGAGGGUGUACUGGUGCGGAGAGUUGAACCAACUUCUGAUGCAAAUAAUGUUUUGAAGAAGGGGGACGUGAUUGUAAGCUUUGAUGGUGUUCCUGUAGGGUGUGAAGGAACUGUGCCAUUUCGAUCAACUGAGCGAAUUGCAUUCCGCUACCUUAUAAGCCAAAAGUUUUCAGGUGAUGUGGCAGAGCUUGGUAUCAUUCGACAAGGGACUUUCAUGAAAGUUAAAACAGUCCUAAAACCACGAGUGCAUUUGGUUCCAUAUCACAUUGAAGGAGGACAGCCUUCAUAUCUGAUAAUUGCUGGACUGGUGUUCACUCCGCUCUCUGAACCACUGAUAGAUGAGGAGUGUGAAGACACUAUAGGGCUGAAACUACUGGCAAAGGCACGUUACUCUUUGGCAAAGUUCAAAGGAGAAGAAAUCGUGAUAUUAUCACAGGUCUUAGCAAAUGAAGUAAAUAUCGGAUAUGAGGACAUGGGUAAUCAGCAGGUACUGAAGUUCAAUGGGACACCAAUAAAAAACAUACGGCACCUUGCACAUCUUAUUGACUCAUGCAAUGAUAAAUAUUUGAUUUUUGAGUUCGAGGACAACUUCCUUGUCGUUUUGGAACGGGAGGCAGCUGCUGCAGCUUCAUCUUGCAUUCUCAAGGAUUACGGGAUUCCCUCUGAGAGGUCUUCUGACCUCUUGGAGCCAUAUGUGGAUCCAUCAGAAGACAGUGAAGCAACAAGUCACGACCUUGGCGAUAGCCCUGUCUCAAAUUUGGAAAUUGGCUUUGAUGGGCUUCUUUGGGCAUGAAUAAGAAGAUUCAAUUUGCUUGAUAUUUUCAGGAAUUCUGUUUUGAUUCUGUUUUCGUGCAGCAGAAUCAAAACCCCUAAUCGGUGCCAGAGAUAUUGUGUGCUUUGGCGACAUAAUGAGCUAUUCUUCAUGCUGGUUGUAGCAUUUUCUUCCCCAUCUGGAAGAAGUUAGAGGCAUGAAUGUGCACAAAUGUUCCUGCAGCCAGCUCCUUGAAAGUGGAUAUUACAAAGAAGCUGAAACCCUCGUUAGAUGACCCUUUGAAAUUUAAUUCAGGCCAAUCUAUUCACAGUUGGGAGCAUAAACUUCUAGCGAAGGUCUCCUGCUCCUUGGAAGCAUUGUUGUAUGAACAUUACCAAUCUUUCUAUUUGGUAAUUUAACAAAACAAAUUUCCUAUUUGGCAUUUUACUAAAACAAUAAGUUUCAUUUUUCUUUUUUCUACAUAUCUGGUUUUUCUAAUCAGCAAGGAGCGGUAUUUGUAUCAAACAUCUUAAUUCGUUUAUUUUUGGUAAAAUUGCUGAAACCUCCCCUGUACUUUGACAGGUGUGGUUCAGUACCCUAUUUCAUGCUAAUAGCAACUUUCUGAUCUA